GCAUGGAACACGGACAAAACGGACUCGGAGCACCCCGGCGAAAUCACCGAGUGGCCCAUAACUGCCGGACUACUGUGGUGCUUCAUGAGGGACGACAUAUAACAAAACCCAGCUGCCGUUUCGACAACAAGUUCAUAUUGAUCUUGGCUGACUCAGGACGUUCCCGUUGACUACCAUUGGAAAACCCACUUUACACUCGCAUCAACACUUCGCCUUCUCACCCUCUCAGACAAACACAGAAUUACCGCCAAAAUGGUCGCUGCCAAACCCAAAGACCUAAGCCAAAACCGAGCUCUCAAAAUCGUCAAAAAGGCCUUUGAUGAAGGCUACGCCGUCCCAGCCCUGUGCUGCUACAACGUCGAGUCCAUCAUAGCGGGCGUCCGUGCCGCCGAGGCCAAAAACUCCCCCGUCAUAAUCCAAUUGUUUCCCUGGGCCGUAACAUACGCCGACGGCCUGUUGGUCCACGCCGCCGCCGAGGCCGCCGACAACGCCAAGGUUCCUGUCGCAGUACACAUGGACCACGCGCAAACACCCGAGAUGGUCAAACGGGCCGCUGACCUCGGCGGUUUCGACGGCAUCAUGGUCGACAUGUCGCACUACGAAAAGGAAGAGAACUUUGCCAAAACGCGCGAACUGGUCAAGUACUGCAACGACCGGGGCAUUAUCACGGAAGCCGAGCCAGGCCGCAUCGAGGGCGGCGAAGACGGCGUCGGCGACACCGCGGACUUUGCGCUGCAAGGUCUGCUAACGUCCCCGGAACAAGCGGAGGAGUUUGUCUCGUUGGGCAUCCACUGGCUCGCCCCGGCGUUCGGAAACGUCCACGGCAAGUACGGUCCCAAGGGUCCGCAAUUGGACUAUGACCGUCUGCGAGCCAUCCAGAAACAGGUCGGCGACAGGGUGCAGCUGGUCCUGCACGGCGCGUCGGGACAGUGGUUCUUCGACGAAUUAUAUGAUAAAGUGAUCUCGUGCGGUAUGGCCAAGUGCAAUAUCAACGAUGCUAUGAAUGAUCAUUUCAUCAAUGUCCUGAAGGAAAAGGCUGGUAAGGCGCCUCUGACGACGUUAAUUGAGGAAGGCACCUUGGCCAUGCAAAAGGCCAUUGAGAGGCAUAUGGAUUAUAUGGGCUCGACGGGUAAGGCUUGAAAUGAGUAGGUAGUCAUUAAUCAAAAUAUUUUAUGAGACCCAGAGCAUUUA